AUGCUCCUCGCGCACCCAUUCCCGCACGCCACACCCAACCCGGAUACUGAGCUCGACGCGGACGCAGCGGCAUCUGCGUUGCUCUCGCCUUUACCGCCUACCACUCCUCCACAGGCCUCGUUCAAUGGAUUUCCAUUCUCUAGCCCUGGGCCGAGCGCGAUACCGUCGGCGGACGUGACACAGAGCCCCGCAGCGCUGUUCAUGUCAUCCUUCUUCUCUCCGCCACCUGUAGCUGCCACACCCCCGCCUAUCGAUGCUGAAGGUCUGGAGAUAUCCGGAUACACGCUUGGAAGGGUUAUCGCGAGAGGCGGUGGUGGAGUCGUUCGUGCCGCCAUGCCGAGCUCCACACUUCACUCAGACGGACAAGGCGAAGUCGCUGUGAAGAUCGUAGCUCGCUCUGCGCUUACACCGCUCGAGCGUACGCGUGCAGAUGCCGAAGUCACAUUAUGGGAAGGCUUGCUACACGAACAUAUACUGCCACUGUUUAACACCUAUCACACGCCCCUCGCCACAUACCUCUUCAUGCCCCUCUGUCCAUCUGGAACGCUCCUCGAUAUCUUACGGAGGGACGGCACGCCUGGCUUACCAACGCCAUUCGCGAGCCACUUGUGGCGGCAAGUCGUCUCUGGCGUACGGUACCUACACGAAGAGGCCAAAGUCGUUCAUGGGGACUUGAAGCUGGAGAAUGUGUUGUUGGAUGCACAAGGCAGUGCACGGAUUGCCGAUUUUGGCUUGGCGAGUCAGAUCAAGGAGGGAGAGCAGGCGCCGAGGAGACAAAGGAGCGUCUUGGUGGCCAGGAAGGACGGCGCUGGCGGGAUGAGCAGGCAAAGGAGUUCGACGAACCAAGGGAUGGGUUCUGGCUUCACAGGAGGGCAUUGGGGAGGGGCGAGGGAGAGAAGCAGCGCGCCUGUUGUGGAUAGUAUGGGCGUCGAAACGGUGUACGAGCUUCCCGCAGGAAGUCUACCAUACGCGGCGCCUGAACUUCUGCAUCCACCUGCGCCCGGCGCACCAUAUGUCCCCGCCACACCGCAAGAUAUCUGGGCUUUGGGAGUCAUGCUCUACGCCCUUCUCGCUGGAAGGCUGCCCUUCUCCGAUUCAUUCGAGCCGAGAUUAACUGUCAAGAUCCUUCGCGGCGUAUACGACCCUCCGCCCGCUGCAGGCCCACUCAUCGCGCGGUGUUUGGCGCUCAAUUCUUCAGCUCGAUGGACAGCCGCGCAGCUAGACGCUGUGGCGUGGACAGCUGAUGCGGAAGGAUCAGUCGCAGAGAGCGAGAUGGCACGCUUAGACGCUGAGGCUCAAGCGGUGUCCGGUGCGGACAGCGCAGCUCUUGAGGCGGACCUUCAGAGUGUCGCUAGUCCGGCGUCCUCGUCUGCGGUGGCGCUUGACCGAUCGCGCUCCCGCGCACGGGUGCCGGUGCAGGAUGUGAUUUACGAGGAUGCGGAUGAAGAACCCGCGCCUUCGCCGUCACGCGGCCUCCUUUCCUCUGCCGCGCUUUCUUUCUCGCCCGUUCGCUCGACUUCCUCUCCACGUACCGGCGCGUUUGCCUCUCCAGCGCGGAUCGCCUCAUCACUCUCCGGCUCCUCGUUCUCUUCGGCUCGCGACCAAAGCGUCUCCAUGUCGCGCGAACGCGGUCGCCUUCCCCAUCUCACCCACAUGAUGCACCGCGAAGUCUCGCGUAGUCCGAGCCCAAGCCGCCCUCCCGCCACACCAACCGAUACACUUCCCCCUUCUCUCGCAGCUGCUCUCACAGCCCGCGACGUCUCGCGUGGUCGCAAAGCUCGCGCGCCGGAGUUGAGUGCGGGCGAUAUGAUGCGUCAUGGUCCCUCACUCGAGCGCCACGCAGCACAUGCGGACGAGCUGGAACGACACGGCGCGCACGCGCCGUACCCGCGGCAAGACAGCGUCGAAGGCCGCCGUCCAUCUCUCUUCCACGAGCGUGAACUCUCGCACGACGGCGGGCGCUACCAAAGCCGCAGCCCCGAACGCCGACGACCGCGGAGCUACCAAGCCUCGCCGCACUCCGCCUCGCACUCCUACUCGCACUUGCACGCUCUACCUAUGCCAAUGCCUAGCCCUGCGUCGGAGAAGUUUAGUCGUCGUGCGGGGUCGCAGCCGCCUGCGCCGUGGCCUGCGUCUGCGGCGGGGUCGAGGCAUGGGGGUGUUACGCCUGCGAGGCGCACGCCGGGGGGUGGGUUUGGGGU